AUGGACCGCCUUCUCAAAGCCGCCAGAGGUUCCGGUUCUCUCAACCUCUCCAACCGCUCCCUCAGUGAAGUACCCGAUGAGGUUUAUCGGAAUCUUGAAGGCGUCGGUGGAACUGAUGAUAAGUGGUGGGAGGCUGUGGAGCUUCAGAAACUCAUUUUAGCUCACAAUAGUAUUGAGUUGUUAAAGGAUGAUAUCAGAAAUUUAGGUUUUCUUAUUGUGUUGAAUCUUAGCCACAAUAGUCUUUCUCAACUGCCUGCCGCCAUAGGAGAGCUACCUCAGUUGAAGAUGUUGGAUGUUUCGCACAAUUCGUUGGUUAGUAUACCGGAGGAGAUUGGAUCAGCUGCGUCACUUGUGAAAUUUGAUUGUUCAAAUAAUCAGCUCAAAGAACUUCCUAGCUCACUCGGAAGAUGUUUGGAUUUGUCGGACUUAAAGGGAUCAAACAAUCUUAUUGCAAGCUUGCCAGAAGAUUUAGCAAAUUGUUCCAAAAUGUCUAAGCUAGAUAUGGAGGGAAACAAGCUUACAGUGAUAUCCGAAAAUAUCAUUUCAUCAUGGACAAUGCUUACUGAAUUAAAUGCCGCAAAAAAUUUGCUGAAUGGCAUACCAGCCGGGAUUGGAGGCCUUUCACGUUUAAUCCGUCUUGAUCUCCAUCAGAACAGAAUUUCAUCAAUCCCUUCAUCAAUCAUUGGUUGUCAUUCACUUACAGAGUUUUAUUUGGGGAAUAAUAAUAUUUCUACAGUACCAGUGGAAAUAGGGGAACUUUCUCGGCUUGGGACAUUAGAUCUACACUCUAACCAGCUGAAAGAGUAUCCCGUGGAGGCAUGCAAAUUGAGUCUUUUAGUCUUGAAUCUUUCAAAUAAUUCACUGAGUGGGUUACCUCCUGAAAUGGGCAAGAUGACUAGCUUGAGGAAACUUCUGCUUAGUGGAAACCCAUUGCGGACUCUUCGAAGCUCAUUAGUCACUGGACCUACACCAGCGUUACUAAGAUUUCUCCGAAGUAGACUUUCUGAAGAUUCUGAAGAUAUAACCACAUCAAAAAAAGACAUAAUUGCAAUGGCUACUCGAUUAUCUAUCACUUCAAAGGAAUUUUCUAUGGGAGGACUGGGGUUGAGUGCUAUUCCAUCAGAAGUAUGGGAAUCAGAGGAGGUCAUAAAACUUGAUCUUUCCAAAAACUCAAUCCAGGAAUUGCCAGUUGAACUUUCUUCUUGUGUUUCUCUCCAGACAUUGAUUUUAUCGAAGAAUCAAAUUAAAGACUGGCCAGGUUCAAUUCUUCAAUCACUUUCGAGUCUAUCUUGUUUGAAGCUGGACUACAACCCCCUCAGACAGAUACCUUCAAAUGGUUUUGAAGUGUUGCCUAAGCUUCAGAUCCUGGAUCUAAGUGGUAACACAAGUUCAUUACUAGGCAGUCCCGCUUUUUCUAGUUUGCCAAACCUGCAAGAGCUUUACCUGAGAAAAACAGGUCUAACUGAAGUUCCGUCAGAUAUAUUGGGAUUGCAUCAACUACGGAUCCUUGACUUGGGUCAGAAUUCCCUUCAAUCGGUUCCAGAGGGGCUAAAAAAUAGCACCUCUCUAGUGGAGCUUGACCUAUCCGAUAACAACAUCUCUGCCCUUCCACCCGAGCUGGGUCUACUGGAACCAAGCCUUCAGGCAUUGAGACUUGAUGGGAACCCACUUAGAAGCAUUCGGAGGCCUGUCUUGAAUAAAGGAACUAAAGCUAUUCUGCAAUAUUUGAAGGACAAAUUGCCAGAGUAG